AUGACUUCCCAAAUAACUAUCACACCCAUCUAUCCACCCGCCGAGUCAAGCAUCGACUUUGGCGCCGUCGUCUCCAACGUCGACGUUGAGAACAUCAGCGAUGCCGACUUUGAUGCUAUCCGUGAAGCUCUCUUCACGCACCAAGUUCUCGUCUUCAAGAACCAGGGCGAGCUGUCUGCUAAAGCGCAGUACGAGAUCACCCGAAGAUUCGACCUUGAAGCUGAGGGCUCGUAUGGCCAUGGCAAGACGAUUGAUGCAAAACGCUCAAUCCUGCAUCCUGACCUCAAGACUAUUCCGCACCAGCCGCAGGUCCAGGUCAUCGGCAACGGCUUCGUGGAUGAGUACGAGGGCUUGAAGAAUUUCCAGCUGAGACAUCCUCAUCACCGAACGUUCCACGCUACCACCAUCCCUGCCGAAAAGGACCUGGACUUCACCAGGUUCUACAGAUGGCACAUCGACGCUGCUCUGUACGGGCUGGCUCCUCCCGUCGUCACGACGCUUCUCGCCGUUCGUGUUCCAGGGGGUCGCAAACAGACACUUGUCUACGACGACGGUUCUGAUGAGGAGAUGUCUGUCCCUCUUGGCACAACAGCCUUUGUGUCGGGCUACGCCAUGUACGACCAGCUCUCCCCCAAAGACCAAGAGUUCGUGCGCACCACGAGGGUCGAAUAUGCCCCGCAUCCGUACGUAUGGAUGAGUAGUGCAAAGUCGCGCUCCGACGGUCUAGGCCUCGUCUCCGAAGGCAAAGAAAUCCCAAUCGAGAACCUCCCCACUGUUGAAGAGGACAAGAUCCAGAUUCUGCCAAUGUGCUGGCGCAAUCCCGUCACCGGCCGCCUAGCUCUCCAAGUGCACCCGUCAGCAGUGCGCAAGCUGCACCUCGCGGAUGGCACUGUGAUUGAUGACCUUGCUGAGGUUCGCGAGCGGGUGCAUGAUCUGCAGCGUCCUGGUAUUUCUCCACAGAGGGUGUAUCCUCAUGAUUGGGAACAGGGCGAUCUUGUGCUUUUUCAUAAUCGGGGAUUGAUUCACUCUGUGGUUGGGGCUUUUGCUGAGGAUGAGGUUAGGUUGUUUCGUCAGUGUAAUAUUGCUGGUAGUAAGCUACCUGAAGGGCCGGUGCCUGUUGUAGCUGGGGCAUAG